AUUAGUUUUGUGGCGAUACGCGGUUGGCUAAAACAACAACACCCCGGGUCACAUAACAGGGGCUCACGCUAGAAUCGGGAUUUCAUUUUUCUAGCGAUGAAUCGCAUUAAAGUUUAUCUUACUAUUUUCCUAGUAGUAUGUCUAGUAGACAUAAUUUCUGCAGAAAAAACACCUGAUAAGAAAGAGGAAAGCAAGCCUACAAAGAAGAAAAAGGAUAUUCGUGAUUUUAACGAUGCAGACAUGGAGAGACUUUUUGACGAAUGGGAGGAAGAUGAAGAGAAGGAUGAGGAUGACCUCCCAGAACACCUGAGAGAGCCUCCUAAGGUAGAUCUUUCUAAGAUUGAUCCAUCAGAUCCAGAAUCAAUGGUGAAGAUGACAAAGAAAGGAAAGACCCUGAUGAUGUUUGUCAGUGUUUCGGGUAAUCCAACCAAAGAAGAAGCGGAGACGAUCACCGAACGGUGGCAGAAUCAGCUGUUUCAAUCUAAUUAUCAGUUACAAAGGUAUAUGGUGUCUGAUGACCGGGCCAUUUUUAUGGUAACUGAUGGUAGCACAGCAUUCGACAUUAAAAACUUUCUACUCGAUCAGGAGCGAUGUCUCUCCGUAACCAUAGACCAACAAGAAUAUUUUGGAAGAGGUUCAGACAAGUUUGUGGAGCCAAAGAAAAAAAGUGAAAAGAAAGACAAGAAGAAAAAAGACAAGAAAAAAGACAAAGACAAGAAAAAUGACAAGAAAAAGGACAGUGACAAGAAAAAAGACAAAAAGAAGAACAAAGAUGCAAAGAAAAAGAAGAAAGAGAAAAGUUUUGAGGAUAACAAAUUAAAGUCGAAAGAUGAUAAAAAGAGAGAUGAGAACCGUAUAUUACCUGAUGAUUCAACAAAAACUAACAAAGCAAAAAAGACUGAAUUAUAAAUCAAGUGUUUUUUGGUUUUUUUUAAUUGGCAGCAAUAUUUAAAAUUUGAUUCCACCACCUGAAAUUAACAAUUAAAUCUUCUAUUCAAAUGGAUUAAUAUUGGGAUACUGUACAUUGUAACCCUUACCAAUGGUAGUAUGCAUCCCCCACCUUCGUCCUCCACCGAAUGUUUGGACAAGCCACUAACAGGAGGUUUAGUUUAAUGAGCUUUCUUAACAGGCCCUGUAUUUUGCUGCAUGUGAUAAUUAGCAGCCAACCUGCCGGGAGACAGGAUAGUCAGUGGUAAAAAUAUGCAAAUAUUCUGAAUUAGCAGGAGAUAUGUAUUGUUAGUUUCUGGGAGAUUUUUUUGUUUUGUUGGGAGAUAUGGAACCUUUGUAUCCCCCUGAAUAAAAAACAAAACAUUUAAAAAAAAAAAAAAA